UCAAAGCAAUAUACGCCCGGGUCGUGAAGGUUGGUCAUCUGCAAUAGGGGAUGAAGAUGAAGAAGCAUAUUUCAACACAUCAGAUGAAGAAGAUAAUAUUAGUAGUACGUCUGGUGAAUGUUCGAAAAUUGGCACAACAAAACAGGAUGUAGAAUCUAAAGAAGAAUUAACAUCAGAAGAUGAAUCAAAGGUACCAGUAGAAUCAAAAGAUGAUUCAAAAGAUGAGUCAAAAGAUGAGUCAAAAGAUGAUUCAAAAGAUGAUUCAACAAAAGAUGAGUCAAAAGAUGGUGUAGGGUCAGUGGGGUUGGUUGACUAUCCAGAUGAGGAUGAUGAUGAAAAUGUGAAAAAGGACAUUGAUGAGUUAGUAACUCCCGAUAAACAAGAUAAACAACAAACAUCAACUUCACCACCAUUAUCACCAAGACCAACCCAGCCAAUCAUAGGGAAACGAUCAAGACCUGAUGAUGACGACGACGAUGAUGACCUUUUGAUACAAUGCCCUCUCGUCAAAUGGGUCCUCACCCAAGAAAGGUGGAUUGAAGAUCCUGCGAUCGUCUCAGACGUUAAGACCGAAAAUGAAGAAGGCACGCACAGAAUAAUUUCAUUUUAUUGGGUUGGAAAUAGUGAGUCUUUAUUGGGUGUUUAA